AUGGAAGUUAUAGUCGCUAAUGUAGACCAUAUUAAAUUCGAUAUAGAUUAUGCCUUGGAACAGCAAUAUGGAGCAUUACCACUACCGUUUCCUGGAAUGGACAAGUCUACUGCGGCCGUAUGCGAAUUUUACAGUCAGCCAGGAGGAUGUAACAAUGGGCCCCAAUGUCCCUACAGACAUGUUCGUGGCGAUCGUACUGUUGUCUGCAAACAUUGGUUGAGAGGGCUUUGUAAGAAGGGUGACCAGUGUGAAUUCCUCCAUGAAUAUGAUAUGUCUAAAAUGCCCGAAUGUUAUUUCUAUGCCAGGUUUAAUGCAUGUCACAAUAAAGAAUGUCCAUUUUUACACAUCGACCCUGAAAGCAAGAUUAAGGAUUGUCCGUGGUAUGAUAGAGGGUUCUGCCGACAUGGCCCACACUGUCGACAUAGACAUGUGCGUCGUGUUCUCUGCAUGAACUACUUAGCAGGUUUCUGCCCAGAUGGGCCUAACUGCAAAUACAUGCAUCCAAGAUUUGAACUGCCAGCACCACCGGAACAGACAAAAGAUGCUAAGAGAUUGCCAGUUUGUCAUUACUGCUCAGAAGUUGGUCAUAAAGCAUCAUCAUGUAGUAAGAUACCUCAAGAGCAAAGAGAAGCAGCACAAAAGCAAGAAGAGGCAAGAUAUCGAGCUCUUGGUUAUGUCAAGCCUGUUGGUGAAAAUGAGGAUGCAAAUGCUCAACGUCUUCGUCUGAUGCACAAGCCCUUAGAAGAAGUCACGUGUUUCAAAUGUGGCACUAAAGGGCAUUAUGCCAACAAAUGCCCCAAGGGUCAUCUCGCCUUUCUUUCAAACCAGAAUAACCAGAGCAAUCAAAAUGUGUUCAAAAAACCCAACUAG